AUGAUCAAAUAAGAAAGCAAUGAGCUUUUAAAUGUGAUUUAGCUAUCUCUAUCGAAUUAAUGUGAAUAGCUAGCUAUCUUUUUCUGAAUAUAAUGUGAUUAUAUCUUUUUACCAACCACAAAUCAAGUAGGAAAUCAUUCCAUGAUUGGUAGCUCAUUAUAGAGAGAAAAAAAUAUCACAGGUGAAAUCUCAUUGAAAAAAGAGCUCUAUAGAUUUACAAGUGAAUCUAUCAUUUUUUAAUUAUUUUUUGAGUUAAAUGUGAAUAGCUACCCCUAUCUUUUAGUGAUUAAAUAUAUAUGCUAUGCUUUUUCCCCUAUAUUAGUGAUUAAAUAUAUAUAUAUGCUAUGCUUUUGCUUCCAAGGCAUGUUUUUCAACUGUGUGAACCUCUCUUUUUUUCUUUUCUUUUUUUUGAUUUUUCUUUAUUUCGUCGUUCUCGUCCUUCACCGACCAAUCAUACACCUUUAACCAUUGACAUGUUCAUCUAUGAUUGCGUUGUUUACCAUUAUAGUCAGUAGUUUUAUGACUCUCUCGUUGACGUACGUUUCAAUCGUCUCCUAACUCUGUUACCCGCCCCCCCCCUCGCCUUCCACGCUAACACCAAAUAGUGAAUUAUACAACAAAUGAAAUGAUGACAUAAAUAGCCAAAUCUCAUAUUCUCUCAAAACCUUUUCUUUCUUUCUUUCUUCAAAUUUGAAAAAAAAAAAAGAUUUCCAAAAAUUCCUUAGGUUUCUCCUCAUUCACCACCUUUCUUUAAAAAAUAAAGAAUUAAAAAAGAGUCAUGGGAUUUUCUUACGGCGGCGCCGGAGUUAUCAUCGUCGGAGUUAUUUUGAAUGAUUUUAUCAGAACGGUUCGUUCUUUUCUUGAUCAUCCUCAUUUCUUUGGUGUUUAUUGGUCGGAAUCUUCGGGGAGGAGGAGUACGAUCAUCAGCUCCGGUACAACAAACAAGAUUCCGAUAGACGAUAUGCUCCCGGCGAUAACAUUCGAGGAGAUGUCGUCAAGGGUGAAUCCGCCGCCGGAGAGCUGCCGGAUAUGUCAAGAAGAGUUCGACGGCGGCGAAGAAGUCCGGUGUUUGAGGAAUUGCGUACAUGUAUAUCAUAAGACGUGUAUUGACCGUUGGAUCCAAGACGAUAAGAUGACAUGUCCUUUGUGUCGGACCCCCAUCGUCCCUGAUUUCUAUUUUUUUCGUUUGUAAAAUUAGAGAAAAAAUCUUAUGAAUGUUUCCAUUAAUAUCACUAAGCGUUUUUUUUUUUUUAA